UAGCUGGUAGUUCAGAUGACAGUUGGACGUGUUUGAAAACGGGUGAAAGUUUAACUUGCCAAUCGAAAUAGAUUCUCAUUGUCCUAAGGAUAUUUAGUUGGAGUGUUUAAAAAAUUCAAAUAAAAUAAAAUGUUUACAAAAUAUAGUCUUGCGAUAAUUGCUAUUGCUCUUAAUGUUCUAUGUGUCCUGUCGGCACCGGCCAAUGAUUUCAUUGAUGUUACCGCCUUACCUGAUGGCAUCGAGCCAUGCAAAGAAGAUGAGAAUAUUAACACCUGCAUCCGUGAUGUCAUGCAAUCGAUGAUUAAACGCAGCAAAGAUGGUGUCCCUGAACUCAAUAUUCGACCCACUGAUCCUCUGAUACAGGAAAAAUCUAAUUUGCAAUUUGAAAAUAACUUCGUACAGGGUAAGAUGGCGCUGCGCAAUGUUCGAAUUGUUGGCCUCUCCAAGUCAACGGUGGAUAAGACUGAAUUUGAAAGGAAUGGUGAUAAAGUUAAAUUUACCACCUAUACAAGGACUCCUAAACUGCAGGUGGAUGGUUCGUACAAGGCUGAAGUGUUUGUCAACAACAAUAAGAUGUCAUCGAAGGGAAUUUUCAAUGUUACCAUAACCGACAUAUCUGCCAAAACGGAAACUGAAGCUGAACUCUAUGAACGUGAUGGCCACAGUUAUAUGCGUAUAACAAAAUUCAACAUCGAUCCCACAUUGGGUGAUAUGCAUGUAUAUGCCACCGGUUUGGUGCCCGAUAAGGCUUUGAAUGAUGCCCUCCUGGAUUUGGCCAAUCAAAAUUGGCGCCAAGUCUACAAAUCUGUUGUGCCAGAGACUCGUUCCACCUGGGAACCCAUUUUCCUAAAAAAUGCCAAUGAAUUCUUUGCCCAUUUACCCUUCGAUUUGUUGUUGAUCAACAAGCAGUGAUUUGAUGCCCCUCCCCUAGACUAAUGGAAAUUUUUAACUAAUAAUGGCUUAAGAUGCGAACGAUGAGUAUUUUAAAGUGUAUAUUUAUAGAAAAAAAAAGACAAUAAAUUAUUGAUAAUGCAUAAA